GGCAGGUAACUAACCACAAAUCUAACCCUUAACACCAUCUUCCUGUGAUCCUUUCCUGCUCCCAUCCUAGUGACCAUUUCCAUGCACUGGAUGUCCACACGAAGCAGUGGCACGUCCAUUCACCUUCUACUAGAGAAAGGCCUUUGGGAAUACUGGGAUAAUUAGAAGUGGCUGCAUGUGGGAAAAUUUGAUUUAAUUAUGUGGUCUGUAUCAGAAGGGCCUUUCUGAUAGGCUUAGGGAAGCUCAGUCCUAGGAAAAAAUAGGGGGGAAAGUUCUUCCUUUUCUUCAGUUUUAAAAAACUGAACUCAGCUUCUUCUGCCACAUGCACACUCUAGUUUUUGUUGCAGAUUCAGCCACGUGCAGCAUGGUGGGUGCAACACACCCGCUUUUGAUGGGUGUUCCUAUAUGCACUGAGGACUUUCUUGUUUUCCUCAGGCCACUCUCAUGGAGUAAGCAUGAGAAGGUGCCUGUGCACUUCUUUUUAAAACGUCCCCAAGCCAGUGGAAGCUCUUGUCGUCACACCAUAAAAUGAGCUUGUACAAUCGUGGUUGCUCGACACCGAGUACGUGCACACCGGGGCUGGGGCCGGCUGGGCAGGAAGAGCUGUGUGUACACACCACUGCUCAGCCAUUGUUCUGCAGCUAUUUGAGUGCUGCAGAUGAACAAAGGAAAGGGGCUCGAGCAGGACUGGAAGCCAGCCCAAGUAUGACGAUGGUUUACAAGGAAAAGCCCCUUCCUCCUGCCGAGUGGGCUUGAAACUGAAAGCAGGGCAAAACACUGUCACCUUGGGAGCUUGUCCUCUUAUAAAGUCCUUCAGUAACGUAGCAAAGCCAUGUGUCCCCUCACUGCUGGGCUUGUCUGCUCUUUCCCUUCAUAUCUCUUCCCCUUGCAAGCCCGUUCGCCUGGAGCUAGUUGCCAGCUAGGAUAAUGGGCAGGAAGAGAUGUGAGCCCUGUAAAGCAGUUGUAGGGCAGCAAGUCCCAGUCAAGGUGAAGGUUUGCAGGUGGAACCAUCCAUUCUAAAGAAGGAAGGACAGACACAGGUUUAAAGGUAAUAAGGAGGAUCCUUCCUGGUGUGUUUUGGAUGAAGUAAACUGGAUGGCAAAAAAAGUGAGAGAGGAUACUGAAAAAGAAUCAAAGAGAAGAAAAUUUUAAAGCAGGGUGAGAGAGGUGGUCUCUUUCUAAUAUCUCAAAAUGCAAGGAGUGGAACCUGUCAGUCUACAGGAUAGUUAAAUGUUAUAUCCUGGUUUUUUAAAGUGGCUUUUCCACAUAAAAUAGGGAACAUAGCCCUGGAAAUGGCUUUGUCAUGCUUUCAUAAAAAUAGAAAUAUUUUCUUGAUACUUUUGUUACAGCAAAGUCUGCUUCCCAGUGAGCCUACUGGGAACUCUUGCAAGGCACUAGCAUCUGGGAAAACCUUCAUAUCAGCCAUCCCUUCCUUGCCAUGCUUGAGUGUGUGGAGUGCCUCCAGUGCGGAGCGUGGCACAGCCACGGCCCUGCUGGUCCAGGAAGGGAGGAGCAAGCUCCCUGGGCCGGAUCCGGGGAACCUGCAGCUGCAGCACUGUGGCACCUAUGUGUCAGCUCCUGAGCUUCAGGGUGAUAAUCCCUCUCCAGACCCACUCCCCUGCCCUGGGGAAGCACCUGAGGCACAGGGCUGCCAUGGUUUGUGACAGGACUCAUUUAGCACGGUCUUCCCAGCCCAAGACUGAUAAAGAUCUCGCCUACUGGAGAAGACGAGGACAGGACUUCAGUGUGCUACUAGGCUAUUCCCAGAAAGCCAGUGUGGAAAUGAAGAGCCUGGCUGCAGCCCUGGGGGCACCCCGGCACCCCAAGGAGAAUCAGCUGAAGGUGGGGACAGGCGCAGGGUAUGUCAGGCGAAGCGGCUUGCAGGAGAGCUGUGAAGCGCCCAGUGACUGCAAAUGGCAGAAUCUGGGAAUGGAAAGCUGGAACCAGCCAAAAAAGGUAGGGAGGCAAAUGUCCGAGGGUGACAGGGAGAAGCUGCUCCAAGAGCUGUAUUCACUGACCCUGGGAGACAACGUACUCAGCACCCACAGCAAGGGGAAAUCACAGUCAUUGCCAAGGGUCCUUUCACCUGAGAGCAUGAGGUGUGUGGAAAUACCCUCCCUGACCAACAGUAACAACUCGCUCAGUGUAACUAAAACUCCCUCCUAUUCCCCAAACAGACUGAGUGUGGAACCAGCCAAGCACCAUGGAACAGGAGGCCAUUUCCUUCCCCUGGUGAAACCCAAGUAUGGGAGACCUCUCAAGCCUCCAUCCUACGAACUGCAGCGGCAGACUAGGGCACCUGCAGAAACCGUGGGUUUCCAGGACCACUACCAGAAAGGUGAACCCACCUCCUACUUAGCCAAAGUUAAUGAGCCAAGGAAAGAUGUUUGCAUUCCAGACUCUGGUUUGGAGCCCCCAGUGUACGUACCUCCUCCUUCUUACAAAUCCCCACCUCACCAAACCGUGACCCCACGUUCCCCCAGUGAAGUGCCUAACGCCGACACGUGCGCCAGCAGCGAUCCACAGGGUGCUGCAGAGCGGGUCGUCCCCUGCCAACGACCAGCCAUGAAUACUUUUGAAGUGGUGGGUGACCCUUGCAAAGACAACCAUUUUCCUCAUGGGAAGCAAAGCCAUGCAAGGCGCCCUGCUGACCACCUGCGUUCUGUCCAGUACAUUCCCUUUGAUGAUCCUCGGAUACGACAUAUUAAAAUUGCACCACUGGAAGGUCUGCAGGACAAUGCUAAAUACACUGAAAAUGCAUGUAGUCCCAGUUCUGGUGCUUUGCAAGAGAGAAAUAUUGAAGUACAGUACAACAGUGCCUUUGUGGAUGCAUCAAACUUGUCCAGUUCUGCAAAGGGAGAAAGACCUUCCUACAGCUCCACCCAUAGCAACAGAUGGUUGGCACCGUCCAUCCGAGAUCAGGAAAAUUGUGCCUUGCCGGACCAAAGAGACAAUUGUAGUGCAACUAAUCACAGCCCCCGUAACGAAGCCAGCACAGAGUAUGCGAAAGGCAAACUUUCUGUAAGAAAUUCACAUAUGGACAGCACCUGUGAGACUGUUACAAAAGUGAAAAAGUUUGAACCUGGAACUGGGAUGCAGAGCAAAAAGAGUUCAAAGAAAAAAAUGAAUGAAACUAUAUUUUGUUUGGUCUCUAUCCCAAUUAAAUCAGAAUCCCAUCUGCCAGAUACAGAUAGGAACAACAACAUAACCCAGAGCCCUGAUAAGAAUGGGUUUGAUAACAAUGGGGCUUUGCAAGAACAAAGUCUCUUAAGUAUGUCUUCAACGGACUUGGAGUUACAAGCACUUACAGGAAGCAUGACCAAUAAAAAUGAGUUACAAAAACAAGAGCUGUGGAGACCAGAAGAGUUCAAACAAAUGAAUGACCUCAGGUUUAUUCAGCCUACAAAACACAGAGAGCUCAAAUAUUCUGGCUCCUGGCCAGGCGAUCAGUACAAAGACCAGCAGACACAGACCAGUUUCAGUGAAGAACCUGAAAGCCCACAAUUUUUACAUGGUACAAAGCCUGGGCAGCUUGAUAGUAGCAAACUGCUGUCUCCAAAACACCUGGAAUGUACAGCAUCCACGAUAGGGGCAAAACAGACAGGGUCACCUUCUGAAGAGAGAGGCUGCAGGCAGAGCAGUUAUGGUAUGAAGGGUCAGAUGUACCUCAGCCAGUCUAGCAACAGUGCAUUUUCCAGGACUGCCACCUCAGGCCUUCAGACUCCCUCCCCAAAAGCCCACCACAGCCAGCCUGUGCCUGCCCAGGAGAGGGAAAAUGGCCUUCUUUCCAAGGGAGAUGUAAUUAAGGGAGAACCAAGUGCUCCCUGCAACAGUAAAGAGCUUUUUGGGCAGUUCCUGUUGAAACCUGUAAGUCGUCGUCCAUGGGAUGCAAUAAGUGAGCUAGAAAGUUUUAACAAGGAGCUGCAAGGGCAGGAGGAGAGCACAAGCAGUGAAGAAGACUUGGAAAGUGCUGCAGCCUCUCUGCAAGCAGGUGCCCUUAUGCAGAGGAGGACAUCCAGAAAUGAGAAAUCAAACCAGGAGCCAAAACAUGGUGGGAAAUCAGAACUGGUUAUGCCAGAGGUGCCUGUAUUUAGGUCAGGAAGAGUUAAAAGUAAGUCUGAAAGUUGGAGUAUGGGGACAGAGCAUGGUGUUGAGCCAAGCUAUGUUGGCUCUAAAGGCUCCUUGCAUCCAGGAGGGAGCAGUGAAGGAGUCAGGCCAGCAGAUGGAAGUCUGAUAACAGAAAUGGGGACAGGGGAAACCAAGAGCAGCAUGAGCAAGCAGCCAGUUCAUGUGGGCCCUGUCAAGAGAGCUUUGUCCAGUAGCUCAAGCAGUUCAUGUCACAGUAAUCCUUUCAAUAACCCUCUCUUGCAGGAGAUGAGUGAAGACCAAAAUUAUCUAGACUUUGUUAAACUGAGCAAAGGUGCAAUUCCCACAAAUGAUACAGUAUUAGAGAGAGGCUCGGUAGCACGUUUGUCACUAACGAAGAGGAACCAAGGGUGCUCUGAGCCAGAUUUGAGGUCAGUGGGACUUGAUGUGGCCCCAGAACCUGGUGCUAACAACUCUGAUCACUCUUCAAAUGCAAAUGCAGUGGAAAUCCCUGUGAAUGAGUCAUUGCAGGCAAGAGCUGCAAGAAUUUUAGGUAUAGAUAUAGCGGUGGAGUCUCUCCUUCCAGAUGACCAUGUUGGGCCCCACCCAGGCACUAGCCCUGCAAAUGGGGCUCAGGACUUUGAGUCAUCAUCAGUGGAGAGCACAGUAAGUGACAAAGAAGGAAAAAAGGAGGAUUCUUAUGAAGGCAGACGAAAGUGUGGCUGGACAGAGAGUGCUCUCUUUGUCAGAGCUGGAGGACGAUCUUUACACCCUGAUGAAUGCCAGACCACUCACCAGGAAGCCAGCGCUAAAACACGGGUAACUGAGCAAGUUCUUGAAAAACCUGUGAGUCCCAGCCAAGGUGAGGACCAAAACUUGGUUUGCAAGUCACCUGUGUAUCAGCAUUCAGAAAAGAGAGUGAGAAGCACCUCGAAGGUGAUAGAGACACUUCAAGGCAAGCUCACCUCUCCUCCGAGCCGGACUGCCAUGGAUCGCUUAGUGCGGAUGAAAGAAGUUGACUCUGUGUCCCGGAUGAGACGUCUGAGCAUUAAGAGCGCAGACUCGGGAGAGGAGGUCGAUGAGGAGAAGCUGUCAAAGGUACAAGAGGAGAGAGGAAGCAAACUGGCAAGCUCAGGGGCUGUUUCCAAGCGUGUUAUCUCUCUCAGUGAAAAUGGAUGUUUAGGUGGAAUGGACAAGAAGAAGAUCAGCAGAGAUUUUUCUUUAGAUACCUAUGACCCCACCAAAGUUGAAAAGGUGUGACAUUAACGAAGAGGAGAAUAGACAGAUUUCUGCUCUACUAAGAAUGUUUCACUGAUUUUUUUUUUCUGGGUGCUUUUUGUUUGGUUUUUGUUCUUUAAUGUUUGGAAAUUGUCUCCAUUUGUGAUGUUCAUGGUGUACUGACAAUGCCUUUACCACUGCCACUAGGAAUUAGCUAUUCAUAUCUGAAAAUGUUGCGGAGACCGCAGAAAAAUCUGACUUCGACAUUGGAACCAUCUGGCUUUGUAGCAUUUAAGACAAUACCUACCAUUGGCAAAGAGUUUUCAUCUGAACUGUAUUUCAGUCUUCAGCAGGGAUGGUGAAAUUUAUAAAGUGAGGCGUUACAUUAGUGUAAAUGUAAACGUGAGAUUAGUGAAAUGAUUUUUAAAAGAAUGUGAAUCUAUAAGCUAAACUUCUAAGUAUCUACAUUCUAAACUUUGUUUAACUCAAUGGAGUUUUGGCCAUAAGUAGAAAGUGCUGCUGCACUAUGUAGGGGAAGGAAUGUGAAAGAGUAGCAAGGACUGAUUUUGAAAUUAUUUCAGACUUCUAGAGUUUGAAUUUACUUGGAUUAAAUACUUGCCACCUAGAGAGAAGAAAAACAAAAACCCAAAAUCUUCUAAAAGAUGGAAGACUUUUGUAGUACAGUGUACAGAACAUGUAAUUAUAGUAGCUGGCAACUAGUGUUUCAAAUCAAUGCAAAGUAUACCACUGGCUGUUUUGCACUCAGUAUUACCUAUUUUUGUUUUGCUGUUUAGAAAUUCUUUAUAUGAAAGAACAGUAGCUGGUUUAAAAUAGCCCAUUUUAACAAAGUAACUAUAUUUCUUGUUACAGAAUACUAUCUAUUUUUCUACGAUGUAAACAAUUGCUAACAAGUGGCAAGUAUAAAGAAGUAUUAUUAUUAUUAUAAUUAUAUUUUAAGAAGAUUUAUUCCUCUGAGUGAAGGUGCCCCAAGCAGAUUUCACUUGUAUAUCUUAAUGCACACACCAUAUUGCCACUUACUCAGUAGUGCUACCUUAUUUUGUUCUAAAAAAGCCAUCUAUCUAUGUAUGUAUGUCCUACAGGGUUAAUUUCUAUUUUUUCCCCACUCAAUCCUUGUAUCCUUCUUGGAGCCACUUUCUGAAACACAGCUGAGAACUGUCUAGGCUGGUGUCGCUGACAUUCCAUUCCUGGGACAUUCAUUACCAAAAAGUGAGUUUGGAUCUUUGUCCCAGUGUCACUGAAUGGCUCAGAUAAAAUACCUGCUUUCUUUCUUAUACUUUGUUCCCUUUUGCAGAUUAUGAGUUUGGAUAUGGCCAGUGUACAAAAAUAAGCAAAACUGGGUUUAAUUCUUCCCUGAGGUCAACAGUGUUGCUGGGGAGAAGUUCAGGUGUCUUCUUGAUGGCAUUUAAAUACAUGGCUUUAAAUAUAUUUUAUCUGCACACACAAAUGCAUGAAUGACAGAAUUUAUAAUAAAGCCUGUGUGCAUUCUGCCCUUUGAUCCUGAAUUAGCCUGCUUAGUAUCUGUGUCUUAAAAGCCUUUAUGUCCAUUCCUGUAUGGUUUUUUUUGUAAGUACAUAUGUACUAACAUUAUUCUGAUGACUUGUUCAUGUACUUCACCAGUCUAUUCUACUGGCAUUUUCUGGUUUCUAGCAUAAUUUUAUUUUUUAAAGUCUUCUAAUUUCAUGAAAUAUUUUUUCCUAAGUCUGUAAUUUGGAAAGAACGAUGGGGAAAAACACUCAUCCUGUGUUUUGGCAGCAAGAAUUUCUUGUCUGUAACACAUGAUUCUGUUACAUAUGGACUAUUUAAAGCUUGCUUGAAAGAAAAAUGUGGUGUAUAAUUUAUUUUAUUAACUCCUGUGCAUGAUGUGCAGCAAUACUUGUUGACAAACUGUUCCUACCACUCUUACUAUAUCCACCUUUCUUCAUCACCAUCUAGGACAUCUAGGGGCUUGUAAAUAGCUACAAAGCAUGUUUUGCCCCCUCCCUCCUCCUACCAGCCAAUACCCCUGACCUGAAUCCUGCCCAGUUCUGAAAGAACUCCGACACUUGUCAUCCCACUUACCAGUAAAGCUGAGAUGCCUAGCAAUUAAUUGAAAGUUUUAAUUUAUCUUUGAUUUCUGGAGAACUGUAAAUGGUCCCAUAUAACCAGUCCUGCUACCUUGGAACAAAAGUUUUCUGUGCAUUUUAUUUCCUUCUGAUGGGAGUGGGUUAAUUGAUUCUGCAAUAUGUCUGUUUCAUCAGUCAUGUCAAGUAAUUACUUUUUCAGUGCACAUAAAGACACAAUUU